AUGAAGAAAGGGCUGUCAUUGGCAGCUGCUGCCCUCCUGACAAUAUUACUGAACUCAGUAGAGGCUCAAGUGGAGCCUCCAUCUGACUUAAAAUUUAAAAUCCUAAAUGAACACACAGUGCAAAUGUCAUGGAGGAAGUCAUUAUCUCGGAUACAAGGCUACAAGAUUCAAGUAACAUCAGACAUAGAUGAUUUGAAAGACUUUACUCUUCCUGCCGUGUCUACAAGCACAAAUAUUACAGACCUCACACCAGACAUAGAUUAUUCUGUGUCGAUCAGCUCUUAUUAUGGUGUGGAUGAAAGCAUUCCUAUUUUUGGCCAGUUGACAAUUCAGUCCAGUAACACGAGUGGAACAGCAAAGAAACCAUCAGCUGCCAUCAAGUGCUCAGUGAGUGCUGUAGCAGAUCUGGUGUUUCUGGUGGACGGCUCCUGGAGUGUUGGAAGGGAAAACUUCAAGUUCAUCCGCAGUUUUAUUGGGACUAUGGCAGGAGCCUUUGACAUUGGCGAGGACAAGACCAGAGUGGCUGUGGUGCAGUAUAGCACAGAUACCAGAACUGAGUUCAACUUGAACCAGUAUUAUAGAAGGGCAGAUGUCCUCCGGGCCAUUCGAAAUCUGCCCUACAAGGGCGGCAACACCAUGACAGGUGAAGCCAUCGACUAUCUCAUGAAAAACAUUUUCACUGAGGCUGCUGGAUCCAGGACGAGUUUUCCCAAAGUGGCCAUGAUCAUUACCGACGGGAAGUCACAGGACCCUGUCGAUGAGUAUUCCAAAAGACUGAGAAACUUGGGAGCUGAAGUUUUUGUCUUGGGUAUUAAAGGUGCAGAUGAUGAUGAAAUAAAGGAAAUAGCCUCGACUCCUUACAGCAAGCAUGUAUACAGUGUGAUGGAUUUUGAUUUGAUUGAGGAAGUGCACCAGCAGCUUAUUACGGAAGUAUGUGCUGGUGUGGAAGACCAGCUCAGCUUUCUUGGAAGUGGAGAAGAAGUUGUUGACCCAGCAUCAAACCUCCAAGUGACAGAGAUCUCAUCCAAGUCCAUGAGAGUGAUGUGGGAUUCAUCACCAGGUGAUAUCACAGGCUACAAGCUGCAGUUCAUGCCAAUGCUUGCAGGUAGCAAGAGACAAGAGCUGUAUACAGGACCCUCCCAAACCUCAGUAAACGUCAGGGAUCUGUCUCCUGAAACAGAAUAUGAGAUAAGUCUGUUUGCCUUGAAGGGUCUCACCCCAAGCGAGCCAGUUCUAGCCAUGGAAAAGACCCAGCCUGUAAAAGUGUCAUUAGACUGUUCUCUGGACGUGAACGUUCAGGCUGAUAUUGUCCUGCUGGUAGAUGGUUCAUACAGCAUAGGUCUGUCUAACUUUGCCAAAGUCAGAGCCUUCCUUGAGGUGCUGGUUAACUCCUUCGACAUUGGUCCUAACAAAGUCCAGAUCAGCUUGGUGCAGUACAGCAGGGACCCUCACACCGAGUUUGCCCUCAACAAGCACCAUGACAAAUCUGCAGUCUUGAAAGCGGUCCGUGCUUUCCCUUACCGCGGAGGCUCCACCAACACCGGCAAGGCUAUGACCUACGUCAGGGAGAAGAUCUUUGUGUCCAGUCGCGGGGCACGUGAGAGUGUGCCACGAAUCAUGGUGCUCAUCACUGAUGGCAAGUCCUCCGAUUCCUUCAAAGACCCCGCCGCCAACCUCAGAAACACAGAUGUGGAGAUCUUUGCUGUGGGAGUUAAAGAUGCAGUGCGAUCAGAGUUGGAGGCUAUUGCCAACCCCCCUUCUGAGUCUCAUGUGUUUGAGGUGGAGGACUUUGAUGCUUUUGAGAGGAUCUCCAAGGAGCUUACCCAGUCCAUCUGCCUCAGGAUUGAGCAGGAACUCCUGAACAUUAAAAAGAAAAGUUUGCUUCCACCAACAUCUUUAACAUUCUCUGAGGUGACAUCCAGGAGCUUCAGGGCCACAUGGAUGGCUAAUCCCACUAACGUAAUGUCUUAUCUGGUGCGUUUCCGGCCUGCUGUUGAUAUAACUGGAGAAUAUAUCUCUCUCUACGUUCCUGCUGACACCACCUCUACCGUUUUGCCCAAUCUUACCCCACUCACCACCUACGAAGUUGAUGUCUUUGCUCAGUAUGAUGCAGGAGAUAGCUUCCCUUUAACAGGACAGGAGACAACAUUGGAAGAACAAGGAGUGGUCAGAAACCUCAGAGUGACAGAGGAGACUACUGACAGUUUCAGAGUGUCAUGGCUGUCAGCUCCAGGGGCUGUUCUGCGCUACAGACUGUUGUAUGAGCCUGUGGAUGGUGGGGACAAACUGGAGGCUGAGACUGAAGGCAGCGAGACCACCAUUGUACUACAGGAGUUGUUUCCAAUUACUACCUACCGUGUGACUGUUAUUCCUGAAUACACAUCUGGCACUGGGCUGCCAAUGGACACUCGUGGCACCACCAAAGAAGUUAAGGGCUCACCGCGCAAUCUGAGGGUCUAUGAUGAGACAGAAUCCACCAUGAAGCUCUCAUGGCAGGGUGCUCCAGGAAAUGUGCUUCAGUACAGCAUAGCUUAUAAGCCUGAUGGUGGAGAAAGAAAAGAGAUCUUUGUAAAAGGAGAUUCUACUGCUGCCACCCUCAAAGACCUUACACCAGACACGGAAUAUGAGCUUUUUGUCAGUGCUCGUUACUCCUCCGGCUUAGGACAUCCACUCCUGGGCAAAGGAACCACACUGGAAGUACUUGGCUCUCCAAAAGACCUGAUCACAAAAGAUGUCACCGAGUCCAGCUUUGCUGCUACCUGGACCCCAGCACCUGGCAAUGUCAACCAGUACCGGGUCACCUGGAAAUCCCUGUUCACCGAAGAAGCCGGGGAGAAGAUGGUUCCCGGGGAUGUCACUACCACAGUUCUGGGGGGGCUGACGCCAGAGACACGCUACAAGGUUUCUGUCUACGCCGCCUACGGCCGUGGAGAGGGGGAGCCGCUGGUGGGAGAGGAAACCACAGAUGUUUCAGCCUCAGCCAGAGCGAUUGCUGUGAGUGAGGAGACAGAAAAGAGCAUGCGGGCAACAUGGAAGCCAGCGCCGGGCAACGUUCUUAAUUACAGGGUGACUUAUAAGCUUCAAGAUGCAGCACGGCCAUUGGUCACCAAAACCCAAGGUGGCACUACAACGGUUGUCCUGCGUCGUCUACAGCCCAUUACCACCUAUGAGAUUGUAGUGGUUCCAGUGUACAGGAAUGGAGAUGGAAAAGCAAGGCAAGGAGUGGGAACCACAUUGUCACCAUAUAAAAGUCCAAGAAACUUGCAAACAUCUGAGCCCACUAAAACCAGUUUCAGGGUAUCAUGGGACCCUGCACCAGGAGAUGUAAAAGGCUAUAAAGUGACAUUCCAUCCUAUUGGGAAUGAUAUAGACUUGGGAGAACUCACGGUCGGUCCAUUUGACAAUACUGUAGUUUUGGAGGAGCUCAGAGCUGGAACCAAGUACACUGUGAAUGUAUCUGGAGUGUUUGAUGGUGGAGAGAGUAUGCCCCUGGCUGGAGAAGAAAAGACAACCCUUUCUGAUGAGCCAGCAACCCCACCCAUUAGGGCUCCAGAUGUAAUGUGUAAAACCAACGCCCAGGCUGAUAUCGUCCUGCUGAUUGAUGGCUCCUGGAGUAUUGGUCGUCUAAAUUUUAAAACCAUUAGAGCAUUCAUUGCUCGCAUGGUGGGCGUUUUUGACAUCGGCCCAGAUCGUGUCCAGAUUGGUUUAGCCCAAUAUAGUGGCGAUCCAAAGACUGAAUGGCAUCUGAAUGCCCACAGAACUAGAGAAUCACUGUUGGAUGCUGUGGCCAAUUUGCCUUACAAAGGAGGAAACACAUUGACAGGUCUUGCCUUGAACUAUAUCCUGCAAAACAAUUUCAGAGCUAAUGUGGGCAUGCGUCCAAACUCCAGAAAAAUUGGUGUUCUCGUCACUGAUGGCAAAUCCCAGGACGACAUUAUUGCCAACUCUCAGAACCUGCGUGACAGUGGUGUUGAGCUCUAUGCUAUUGGUGUGAAGAAUGCUGAUGAGAACGAGUUGCGCUCUAUUGCCACUGAUCCUGAUGAAAUCCAUAUGUACAAUGUGGCUGACUUCUCUUUCCUGUUGGAUAUUGUUGAUGAGCUUACAGACAACCUCUGUAAGAGCGUCAAGGGUCCAGGAGGACCGGCAUCCCCCACUGACCUGGUGACCUCUGAUGUGACCCACCACUCCUUCCGUGCUACCUGGACUGGCCCUGAGGGCCCUGUUGAAAAGUUCCGUCUUGAAUACGUGCCAGUCUCUGGAGGACAGACUCAACAGAUGUUUGUGGAUGGGACUGUGACCACAGCAUUGCUGGACGGUCUGGAUCCAUUGACUGAAUAUAUAGUGAACGUUUAUUCAGUGGUUGGAGAGGACAGCAGUGAGCCUCUUAUAGGCACAGAAACCACAUUGCCAUUAACUGGCGUAAGGAGAAUGAACAUCUACAAAGUUGGCUCCACCACCAUGCAGGUGAAAUGGGAGGCAGCUAAAGGAGCUGAAGGCUACAUGCUGGUUUACUCGGCUAUAAACGCCACUGAACCAUCCAAGGAGCAAAAGAUGCGUGUGAAAGCAGGAGUUACAGAUGUACAGCUGAAGAAGCUUCGCCCCAACACAGCCUACAACGUCAGGCUCUUCGCCCUUCGAGGCGAAAAGGCCAUCGACCCUCUCACUGAUCAGGGGGUGACCCUGCCACUUCCUCCAGCUGGUGAGCUGAGAAUAUCAGAUGUGACUCACAGCACCAUGCUGCUGAACUGGGAUGCAGCGCCUGGUCUUGUACGCAAAUACAUCAUUACUUACAAACCUGAGGAUGGAGAGUCUAAAGAGAUUGAAGUGGAUGGAGAUGUAACGACGAUGGACCUUGAUAAUCUAAAAUCACAAACCGAAUAUGAUGUGGCUGUCACCCCAGUGUACGAUUCUGGAACUGUCAACCCAAUGCUUAAUCAAGCCGUCACAGAUUCUGUACCUUCUCCAAAGAAUCUGAGGUUCACUGAUUUGACACAGACUAGUUUUAGGGCCCACUGGGACCACGGUGCCCCUGAUGUUGCACUGUAUCGUAUUGCCUGGACCAAGUCUGGCGAGAACAACUAUGUGGAUGAUAUUUUGAGCAGCGAGGAGACCAGUCAUCUCUUGCAGAACCUCGACCCAGACACGCUAUAUGAAGUUUCAGUCACUGCUAUUUACCCUGAUGAAUCAGAGAGCGAGGAUCUCCUGGGACGUGAGCGCACAUUAUCAAAGAUAACAACACCUGAGCCCAGUGGUCCUCCUCAGAACCUACAAGUGUUUAAUGCUACCACCACCUCCCUUACGGUGAAAUGGGAUCAUGCUCCAGGCAAAGUACAGAACUACAGAAUCACACAUGUACCUACUGCUGGAGGCAGGACGCAAUCGACACAGAUCGGUGGGAGAAAGAACACCAUUACUCUGCAGAAACUGACACCCGACACCCCCUACACCAUUAAGGUGUCAGCUGUAUAUGCAUCUGGAGAGGCCAAGGAACUCUCUGGUCAAGGGAAGACAUUGCCACUUGGAGGAGUGCGAAACCUUCAAGUUACUGAUCCCACCACCAGCUCCCUAAAAGUAAAGUGGGAGCCAGCUGAGGGCAACGUACGCCAGUACAAAAUCUACUAUCGGCCUGCGCCAGGAGGACCAGAGGACAUGGUUCAAGUCUCUGGAAACACAUUUAACACAGCCUUAAAGAAUCUUCAAUCUGACACUGUGUAUGCUGUCACUGUAGUGCCAGUGUAUGCAGCUGGAGAGGGCAAACGUCUCACUGAGAAUGGAAAGACACUGGGACGCUCCCCUGCAAGGAACAUCCAGGUUCAUAGCCCCACUACAAACACUCUAAAUGUGCGCUGGGAGCCUGCAUCAGGGGAUGUACAGGAGUACAGGGUUGUCUAUGCCCCAGUCACAGAAUCACGACCCCCUCAGUCGAUCCUGGUUCCAGGGAAUACCCACACUGCCCUGCUAGAGCAGCUGAUACCAGACACUGAAUACUCUGUUGGGGUGGUUCCAGUCUAUGCUGAUGGAGAGGGCUCCCCUGCGAAUGAUAAUGGCAAAACAUUACCACGCAGUGGUCCCAGGAACAUAAAGGUGUACGACCCCACCACAAGCACUCUGAGUGUAAACUGGGAACCUGCAGCUGGACCUGUACAGCAGUACCGCAUCACUUAUGCACCAACCACUGGUGACCCUAUUGAGGAGUUUACAAGUGUUCCUGGCAACAGAAAUAGUGUCAUCUUGCAGAACCUUCAGCCAGACACACCUUAUAGGAUCACUGUGGCAGCUGUUUACCCAGAUGGACCUGGAGGAGAACUGUCUGAAAAUGGACAUACAUUGGGGCUAAUGGAGCCACGUAACCUGCGUGUGUCCGAUGAGUGGUACACUCGUUUCCGUGUUUCCUGGGACCCUGCACCUGCCAGGGUCAAUGGCUACAGGCUAGCUUAUGCACUAGCAGGUACUAAUAGCUUCACUGAGAUGUUUGUUGGAGAUGUGACUAGCUAUAUGAUUCCCAACCUCCAGCCUGGCACCACAUAUGAUGUAAAGGUCUUUGCCCAGUAUGAUGCCGGCUCAAGUGGUCCUCUUGUUGGCCAGGGGACAACAUUGUACCUGAAUGUCACUGACCUCACAACAUACAACAUGGGUUAUGAUUCAUUCUGCCUCAAGUGGACUCCACACCGAGCUGCUACCUCAUACAGGCUUAACGUUAACCCAUUUGACACCUCUAACAGAGGCGCACAAGAGGUCACUAUCACAGCUGCAGAAAAUCAGUACUGUUUUGAUGGACUCAGCCCAGAUGCACUGUACAACGCUACUGUGUACACUCAGACACCCAAUCUGGAGGGACCCGGAGUCAGCACUAAAGAGCGUACAUUGGUAAAGCCUACCGUAGCACCCACAAUGCCACCAACUCCUCCUCCACCACCAACUAUCCCUGAUGCACUUGAGGUGUGCAAAGGAGCUAAAGCUGACCUGGUGUUCCUCAUCGAUGGCUCUUGGAGUAUUGGAGAUGAUAGCUUUAAUAAAGUGCUUCAGUUUGUGUUCAGCAUGGUUGGGGCUUUUGAUGUCAUCAGUUACGAGGGUAUGCAGGUGUCCUUCGUGCAGUACAGUGAUGAAGCCAAGACGGAGUUCAAGCUGAACACGUACCACGACAAGGGAAUGGUUUUGUCAGCUGUGCAGAUGGUCAGCUACAGAGGAGGAAACACCAAAACAGGUGCUGCUCUAAAGCAUGUUGGAGAGAAGGUGUUCACCUCAGACAGUGGCAUGAGAAGGAACGUUCCUAAGGUUCUGGUGGUGGUGACCGAUGGACGUUCUCAGGAUGAUGUUAAAAAGAGCUCCUCCAAACUACAGCAUUCAGGAUACAGCGUCUUUGUAGUGGGUGUGGCAGAUGUGGACAUGGCAGAACUGAGGAACAUUGGAAGCAAGCCGAGCGACAGACACGUCUUUGUUGUUAAAGACUAUGAUGAGUUUGCAAAGAUACAGGACAACCUCAUUACGUUCAUCUGUGAAACUGCAACAUCAACAUGUCCUUUAAUUUAUCUGGAUGGAUUUACAUCACCAGGUUUUAGGAUGCUCGAGGCCUUCAACAUCACUGAUCGCACUUUUGCUGGCAUGAAUGGAGUGUCAAUGGAAACAGGCACUUUCAACAGUUUCAUCGCCUAUCGACUUCACAAGGACGCAUUCAUUUCGCAGCCCACAAAGGAAAUUCAUCCAGAUGGACUCCCUCCAUCCUACACCAUGAUACUUCUUUUCCGACUCCUUCCCGACACCCCCAAGGAUGCAUUUGAUCUGUGGCAGAUUGCAGAUAGCAGCAACAACCCUGAAGUCGGACUUACUAUAAACCCUUCCAGCAAAGUCCUCACAUUCUACAAUAAGGACACUAGGGGUGAGCUCCAGAAAGUAACAUUUGAUAAUGAUCAAGUCAAAAAGAUCUUCCACGGGAGCUUUCACAAGCUUCACAUCACUAUUUCACCGAAAAAUGUCAAAUUAAACAUUGACUGCCAAGAGGUGGCCGAGAAACCCAUCAAAGAGGCCAAUAACAUCUCUAAAGAUGGCUAUGAAGUCCUGGGUAAAAUGUCUGGUGGUGCAAAGAGGCAGUCAGCUACAUUCCAGCUCCAGAUGUUUGAUUUUGUCUGCAGCUUGGGCUGGACAAGUCGAGACAAAUGUUGUGACCUGCCAGCGACAAGAGAUGAAGCAAAAUGUCCAGCUCUUCCCCACACCUGUACUUGCGCUCAGGAUAGCGUGGGCCCCCAAGGACCAGCCGGCCCUUCGGGAAGUCCUGGUACAAAAGGCACACGGGGUGAUAGAGGAGAUCCUGGUUCUGCGGGUCCAAUGGGCUUUCGUGGAGAGCAGGGAUCUGCAGGCCCAAUGGGACCCCCAGGUCCACAAGGCCCCAAUGGAUUGUCUCUUCCUGGAGAGCCUGGGCGCCCUGGACCAAAGGGAGAUCCUGGUGACCCUGGACAACCUGGUCAGAGAGGUCCCCUUGGUGCUCCUGGUCCUAUCGGUCCUGUUGGCCCCUCUGGAGCAAGAGGACAACCAGGACCUGAAGGCCCCUCUGGACCUAGAGGACCACCCGGAUCAAUGGGAACCCCGGGAGCUCCUGGAAUGCCUGGAAACCCUGGAAAAUCUGGAAAUACUGGAGAGCCAGGUCUUGCUGGAUCUGCAGGCAUUAAAGGAGAAAAGGGUGAAAGGGGAGAUACUGCUUCUCAAAACAUGAUGAGAUCUAUAGCUAGACAAGUCUGUGAGCAGCUGGUUAACAGACAAAUGAGCAGAAUUGACACGAUGAUGAACCAGAUUCCUAGUGGUUACCGCAACAACAAUCCUGGUCCUGCUGGGCCUCCAGGUCCUCCAGGGAGCCAGGGAUCUCGUGGAGAACCUGGGCAGCCAGCACGCAAUGGUUUCCCUGGAAACCCUGGUUUACCCGGGUCCCAAGGAGAACAAGGGCAACCUGGAGAAAAGGGCGAGAGAGGAAGUCCAGGUGUUGGCUCUCAGGGACAGAGGGGAAUGCCCGGACCACCUGGCCCACCAGGAAUAUCCCAGACUGGUCCUCCUGGUUCCGCAGGCUCAGAUGGACCCCGCGGGCCACCAGGGCGCCAGGGUACUCCAGGAACCAGAGGACCACUUGGACCUGCAGGUUACUGUGAUUCAUCUCAGUGUGUUGGAAUACCAUACAACGGAUACCCAGGCGGCUACCUACCUGCGCCUGAUACCCGUGUAGUGCCUGCGGAACCAGAAGAAGAUACUGUGACAGAGAUACAUUCUCCCGGUUUACGAAACCAGCGUGGGAGAUAACUAUCCAGAAGAAACUGAAAGGAUAGAAACAUAAAAAUAUAUAUCUUUAAAUUUUACAUAUGUGAAGGACAACCUGCAGAAAUAAAUGCAUUCGAACAGGCUUCAUUCGUAUUCAAAUUUAAACAUGUGCUUAUUCUUUCCCCACAAACGUUUUGUGCCUUCAACACAACUGCAUUUUUUGUUUAUAUGGGAUUAAUGUUCAAUGCACUAACCAAAAGAUCACUAUUCAGUGUAAAGUAUCAAGGAUAAAAUGUAUAGACGUAAACUAAAUAGAGUUUUCGUUGCAAUACAGUUUUGUUACCUCACAUCUGAGGGCUGUUGGUUAUAAUUAUCUCAUUAUUAGACCAGGCUUUUCUUUCAUUAUUCAAUGUAUGUAACUGUUGUAUACCAACUCACAGCUCAUUUUUAUCAAAAGUGGAAUUGCAUGACUGUGCUGUAUGUUUAGUACGUACAUUUUAGGACCAGAAUAUAGUUUUAUAUAAUUAAUGUCAAUUGGAAUUUGUUGCAAGACUAUGUUUAUAGAAUUGCUCAUUUACAUUUUAAUGCACAUUGUGAAUUCACAGCCUUAAUAUCUUAUUUAUUUCUGAAUCAGA